UCGCGGGAAUCGCUUGUCGCCGGAGAGUUUCCUAUCGCCGGAACCACCACCGUCGUUUGAAUCUCGAUUCGGCGGGGACAAACCCUAAUUCCCCCCCCCCCUUGUUCUUGAACUGAAUCGAAGAUUCCAAUAAGGCAAUGGUGAAAGUGAAAACCGAAGUGAAGAGUGAGAUUCUCGAUGACAUCACAAUCAAAGACAGUAAGCACCGCCGCGUCGUUAGCUCCGCCGAUGCCGUGGAUAGGAAGUUCAAGAGAACCGUCCUCUGCGUGGCGAAACCGUCUUACCUUCUGAGUCUUAUUGAGCGAAGCAGUACCCGGAGCAGUUACCUCAAACGGUUGCCGAAGAUCCUCAGCGAGAUGCUUCGCCAGAGAAACUGGAGAGAAGCAAGCGGUGUGCUUAGCGUUCUGAUGCAAGGGACUAUGAGAGAUGCGUCUCCUUCCAUGAACCGGCUCAAAUACGAGGCUCAAAUACAGAUUCUUAGUCACUUGCAACCAGACAAGAACAAUGUUGAGGAGAUUACAAGAAUAUAUGAUACUUGGAUAGGGAAGAUUGGUAAACAGCACAAAGAGGAGAGGCUCCUGGUUUGGUUCGAACAAAUAUGUCAUUUACUCGAGCAUGGGAUGGAAAAGGAGGCCGAGUAUGCUGCAAUAGGCAUGAUGAGGAGCCGUGAUUUGGGAAACCUUCCGCGGACCAAUCUAUAUAUAGGAAUCACAUGCUACAGAUUGUGGUGUCGUAAAUACUCAAAGGAGCUGCAGCCUGAAGAUGUAGACUGCAGUGACAGCAUAUCUAACAUGUCGGAGUCAGGAUCUGGUGUUAUGGCCGAGUGUUCACCCAGGAACGAGUCUGUUUACUCCGUGGAGUCUUCGGCCUCUGAUAGAAACGAGUCAGAGGCAUCUGUCGGCAAUAAUGAAGUGAAUUCUGAUGCCUCCACGCGUGACUCAGGGUCGGUUGUGGAGGUGAAGGUAAAACUGGAGAAUGUGAAACUGGAGGAGAUUCCUCAGCAAUUUACCGAACCACCACGAAUCUAUGCCUCGUCUGAAGAAAACGAAGAGAAUUUGAGAACUGAAGUUGCAUUUGAUCCCGCUCUUAUUCAAAUUCUUGGGGAUAUGGAUCCAUGGUUGCUUCCUUUGAAACCGCCAGAAGAUCCUGAUUGCCAUGGAAAGAUUGUCAAUGAUUCUUAUUAUAAGGACGCAGUGGAAUAUCUGCGGCUUACUAUGCAGUCUCCUCGUUAUGUAUCUAUAGCUGCACUACAUCCGCUUGUACAGCUUCUCUUAAUUGGAGGCCGUGUAGAUGAAGCGAUGAAAGUGGUUGAGGAGAUUUGCAACAAAGUACAUGACAUCAAACCUGUCAGGAUUAAGGCCGCUAUGAAGGAGAAGUUUCAUAAUAACAGCGACGAGCUUGCAAAAUGCUAUGAAGAUAUCUUAAAGAUUGACCUUAGUUGUGUAACCACCCUGAAGAAGCUUAUUGAAAUGUCAAAAGAAGAUGGGUAUAGUAGAGAGUCGCUAAUCGAAAUGAUAGCAUUGCAUGUAGAAGCUUCUUUCCCCGAGCCAGAAAUCUGGAGAGAGUUUGCAGAGUUGUUGAUUCUCUUCUUUGAGAAUGUUGAUGAAGACAGAAUGUCUGUCUGUUUCAACGGAGAUGGAGAAGAAGGGUGUCAACAAACAUACUCUGUUCGAUACAACCCGACACCUAGAAUGUUCACCGGUACGACAUGGACACUUCGAGCUAAGUGGUGGCUUAACCGACAUUUCUCCCGGGAGAUACUGGAUACAGAAAUGAAAAAGCUCGAGGCAGGACAGAUAAACGGAGAUAUGGAGAUGUUGAGAUUGGUGAGUUUCAAAGCGGCGUGUGCAAGUCGUCUCUACGGACCAGAGUUUGGCUAUGUUACAAAAGUGUAUGGUCUGCUGGAGAAUUGUAGAAACAACAUUCGUAUGUUAGAGAAUGAUAGUAACAACAUAGGUAUGUUGGAGAAUGGUAAGAAUAGUUUAGAAUUAUUCAACUUUGUGCGAAGACACAGACAGAACUGGAACAAGAUAUACAACUUAGAAUAGUUUACACACGGUACAUUCUUGGUUUACUAAAUAUUGACUGUAUUUUCUUUUGUAAGAUUCACUUUGAUGUAAGGGAUACGGACCUACUAAAAUGUAUGCACAGAUUUUGAUUUUGAA